AUGGUAGCUCGGAAGGGUCAAAAGAGUCCGCGGUUUCGCCGCGUGAAUUGCUUUUUGCGGCUGGGGAGGUCUACGCUUCUAGAGCUCGAGCCAGCGGGGCGACCCUGCAGUGGCAGGACUCGGCACCGCGCCCUCCACCGCCGGUUGGUGGCCUGCGUGACCGUUUCCUCCCGUCGACAUCGAAAGGAAGCCGGACGUGGGCGGGCAGAGAGCUUCAUCGCAGUAGGAAUGGCAGCCCCAUCUAUGAAGGAAAGACAGGUCUGCUGGGGGGCCCGGGAUGAGUACUGGAAGUGUUUAGAUGAGAACUUAGAGGAUGCUUCUCAAUGCAAGAAGUUAAGAAGCUCUUUCGAAUCAAGUUGUCCCCAACAGUGGAUAAAAUAUUUUGAUAAAAGAAGAGACUACUUAAAAUUCAAAGAAAAAUUUGAAGCAGGACAAUUUGAGCCUUCAGAAACAACUGCAAAAUCCUAGACUGUUCAUAAAGAUUGAAAGUAUUCUUUCUGGACAUUGAAAAAGCUCCACUGACUAUGGAACCGUAAUAGUUUGAAUCAUAGUGAACAUCAAUACUUGUUCCCUAUAUACGACACUUGAUAAUUAAGAUGAUCAAGAACCAGAAGAUCUGUGAAGAAAUGAAAUAAAAUGGUAUUUAGUAAGAAAUCUCUAUUUUAAGAAAAAAAGUAAAACCUGUUAUAAACACA